UUAUGUCAGCCACGCGCGCCGGCUCCUAACACUAACAAUAGCAACCUGAUAAAACUUUCUGAUAAGUUAGGAUUUUUCCACUCAGUAAUCUCAGUAGACUUGUGUAAUUUAUACAGCUGUAUAAGUCUUGAAGUUCUCUUUUAUCUGAAUUCGUCCUUUUUCAUCAGGUAUCUGUGAAAGCCUUUGAGCACUUCCCAAAACCAUGGCUGGGGAUCAAGGUGUAAAUAAUUCCACGGAUGAAGGUUUCAUUGACACCUCCUAUGGCUCUCAGUUCUUCCGCGCAGCAAGACAUAUUGAUUUUCUUGAUAUUGCAGAAGAUGGAUGGGCUAUUCUCGGCAAGAGUAACCUCAAUUCAAGGUAUUGGACAGGAUCAAUAUGGUAUUACAUGAACGUGGAUGAUGCUCCCCGGGAAGAAAAGUAUCUAACUGGGUUUGACUGUAAAGCUGGCAUUAAUGACGGCAAAAUUCUCUCAGAUGUCUCACAAUCUGUCAUCUUUGGAAAAGAUGAUGGAGAAAUUACAGUCUUGUGUCUAACUGAAUCAGAAAAAGAGCAUGAGUUCUUAUUUCGCCCGGAGGUCUCAGCGCUUGAGCAUGAUGACAUGGUCCUUUCCUUGGCUGUGUCUGCUGAUAAAUCAGCAGUUGUCAGUGCCAGCAGUGAUUGCAGUAUCAUCAAAUGGAAAGUUGACAAACUAGAAGUUGAGCACCGCUACAAGUAUGCCCACACACAAUCUGUGAUGUCUGUUGCAACAAGUAUUGAAGACAGUAAUAACAUAUGUGUGUCCUGCUCACUUGAUGGCUCAGCCAUAUUAUGGGAUUUUAGGCAGCCGAAACCUGCCUCAGUAAUUCUCGAUGAUGCUUCCUGUAGUCUCACAGCUGUCUCAUGGCGAAAUAAUAAUGAAGUGAUCAUUGGAACAAGUUGGGGGACUUUGAAAUUUCUAGAUGUCAGAAACAAACUCAUCACCUCUCAUCCUUGUUAUGACCGAACAAUUCAUCGAAUUCUCCCAUCAAAUGAUAGAAGAUUUUUGGCAGUUGGCGGUGAUACUCAUAUCUUGAAAGUAUUUGAUGUCUCUUCCGACAGUGCUGUGUGUGUCUACGAAGACACCAGGCAUGAAGACUUCAUCCAUGGAUUAGCGUGGCACCCCAAAACUCAAAACCUCUACUCUGCUGGAUGGGACGCCAAAGUUUUGUGUCAUAAUUCUAUCAAUCAAGAGAGAUGAGAACAAUUUUAAAUGAAUCCUUGCAAACUACAGAGAAGUUUGUUACAUUGUACCUCAUUCAUCUGUGAACCUCUUGCCCCCUGUUGUGGCAGCAGCUUUUUUCUUCUUAUUUUUGUUGUAAAAUGGGCUGCAGAAAAAGUUAUUAAUCGGGGUUUUUAAAUCAAUGAAAAUGAAAAGUAAAAUUUUGAAAUUGAUAAAAGCACCUUGUCUUAUUGGACGUUCAAUAGUACCAAAGUAAUAUUAAGAACUGGAACCAUGAACAUAUCAGGGUCUCUUUUGUUUUCUUUUCAUAUUUAUCCAAAAAACACUCUUGUGCUGUUUAAUUUUUGACCUCCACAGAAGAUACUUGACUCUAACCACAUGAAUUGGAAAACAAAGUGUUAAGGUUGAAGUAGGAUUAUAAAAAUAUGUUUAAAAUUCACUGGGACAGCUUUCAAAUCCUGAUCAAAUCUGGGCAAGAUGAAACCGUUAAAUUAAGUGCAGAAUAAACUGUGGUGAGAUCUGUCUAAUUUAGAAUCUGAAUCAUAAGGUCAUAACUGACCCUCUAAAUAUUUCGUAUUACAUAUUUUUAUUCUUAAUUUAUCAUGAAUAUUAAAGCAUUGUCAGAUCCAGCCAUAAAAUCUGUAUUUAGAAGUUACAAUCUGUAAGCAAUUUUUCAAUUCAUACAAAUCUUUCAGUUAACAAUGUUGCAAAAUGGUAUUUUGGUCAGACUAAAUUGGCUUCAUAUCUAAUUUUUGUUAAAAUCAAUAUUUUUUUCUGAAAUGGUUUGUGAGCUAUGGUUUGACCAAGAAUCUUCUUUGGUAGUCACUGGUUUCAUGAGCCAUUAUAACAGUAUCUCAGGAUGAAGAAAUAUCAUUAAAUGUCUCUUUUUAAGUAGAUUUUGAAUGUCACUAUUGUAUCAAGUCAUCGCAUUUAAUUUGUCUCCUUCGCACCAUCUUGAAUAUUCUACUUCAGCUUUUGCAUCACCCCACUCUUGUACCCCAUCUUUUAAACAAUUAAUUCUCCUAUCCAAUGAUUUCUGCCCAAAGCAUAUUGAAAUUUCUUCAUGGAGAAAAGAUUGUCAAGCUGUUUCUCUGCGGUCACAUUGAUCUCUACAUUCUCUGAUACUCACUUUUGUAACUUUGCAUUUUACCUGUUAACAUGUAUAAAAAGGUACUCACUUAAACAUUGUUUGCUCUUUCUAUUUUUUGUUUGAUUACUGUGUUAAUCUUGAAUAAAUUUCCAGUGCAGAGUGUCAA